AUGUCUUUUGCAUCUGCUCUGCCUGCUUUUUCAGGUGAGCAUGAUGAAAAUAUAACAUUCUUUCUAGACCAAGUAAGCCAAAUGGCUAGUCUAUUGGCAAUUGAAAUUGUUGCUUCGGAUCAAGGAACUAAUUUUACUGCUUCGUUGAAUCAAGUGUUUUUGGAAAGGAUCGGAUCGUCCCCAAGGUUCUCGACUCCUUAUCAUACAAGUUCAAAUGGCCUUGCAGAAAGAUUUAAUGCUGUUUUAAAGGGAAUGAUACAUCAUACCAUUAGGGAACAUUCAAAAGAUUGGAAGAAACAUCUACCAUACUUACUUUGGGCUUAUCGAGAAGUUCCUAAUGCUGCGACGGGUGUUAGUUCUUUACAGAUGCUCUAUGGAAGACGUCCUAAUGGGCCUUUAUCUAUCCUGACUAUCCUGACUAUCUAUCCUGACUGUCAUGGACUGAUGAAACUUCUUUUCCUCAUGGAGUUCCUCUGUUAA